GAGCGCCGAGCCCGCGACAGAUCCAAACAGCUGUACGCUUGUUCCAAGCUACGGUACAGGGUGUUGUUGGUCAGAGGGGGACAAACAUAAGUAAAAUUGGUUAUAGUGAGCGGGACGGACGCAAGUGUCGAGGAGGGGCGCAGGCUUUACACGCGGGCCCUCUAUUGGCAGCGGUCACGCCGCCCCAGGCCGCGCCCCCCUCGCGCCGAUAACCACGCGAGCUCCUCGCUAUCCCGCCAGUCUAUCGCUCGACUUCGACGCGACACAUUCACCUGCUCUUAGUGUUAUUCACCGCAUUGUGCCAUAAAUCACUUUACAAUCAAUGCAUUAAAGUCUUCGACACUUGGAAAUAAUCAUGUCGACUUUAAGCCAUCACCCUUACGCGUUUUCCAUGCAUCCGGGCAUGCUGCCGGAGUACCCGAGCGCGCCGCAGCCACUGCCGGCCUCCUCGCCGCAGUCCGAGGGGCACAUCAAGAGGCCGAUGAACGCAUUCAUGGUGUGGUCCAGACUUCAGCGCCGACAGAUAGCCAAGGAUAAUCCGAAGAUGCACAACUCCGAGAUUUCUAAACGUCUCGGCGCGGAGUGGAAGCUGUUGUCAGAAAUGCAGAAGAGGCCGUUCAUUGACGAGGCUAAGAGGCUGCGAGCUCUGCAUAUGAAGGAGCAUCCAGACUACAAGUACAGGCCGCGCAGGAAGCCCAAGCCCCCGACCUCCGGAGGAGCGCCUGGCGCAGGAGCAUUCCCCAGCUUCCCGCUGCCAUAUUUCGCAGGCCCAGCACCGGGUGUUGGACAUUUAGAUUCGCUAUCAUACCCUGCGAUGUCGCCAUACUUCCCACAUCAGUUGGAUCAUCUUCAGUUCUCCAAACUGAUGGCGCCGACGGCGGAAAAAUUGCCGACGGUGUCAUCUUCCGCCGCCGCCGUAGUGUCCUCAUUCUACUCGUCGCUGUACACGACGCCGACGGGUCCGCCGAAACCGUUCUCGUCUCCCCUGUUCCCGCAGUACGGCGCUCCGUCGUCACCGGUCUCGCCCGCGACGCCGACGCAGCACAGCCCGCACGACGACCAGCUCCGGCGGCCAGUCUCCGUCAUAUAUUGAAGACCAACUUGCCUGCCUUGAAGAACACCUUCCAGGUCGGCAGUGUAGUUAUAAGUGUUACAAACUGUGAGGCCAUAUGCGCGUACUUUAUUUAUUGAAUUAAAUAGUUACUAGAGAAUUGUAAAGAGUGCGUCUCAUAUCAAGUGCUUGUACAUAUUAUGUUGAGGAGUUAUGAUAGCUUAGGCUCUAACGAAUAGAGUAUCGAAUUGUGUUAACUGUGAUUUUUGUUUUCGAUGGGUCUUUAAAUGUUUAAGGUAAAGUAGCGCCGGAGUUAUGUGAAGUGAGAUUGGUACCAAAAAGAGAUUAUUUUCUAUAGAUGUCGCGACAUUUAGCUGAAUAGUUAAGACUGGUUCCAGAUUUGUUUCGUAAUCUUCUCGCGUCGGCUUGUUGAGUUUACUUGUUUCCCGUGUAUCGAUCAAGACUUUAGCCUUACUUUAAACUAUUGCUGUGUAAUUUAUUUAUUGAUCCUAGCAUACUAGGUGUUAGCCUGUCUACGAUAAGCCGCCUGGCUAAGAAAGGUAUUAGUGCAUCCCAAGUGUAAAUAUUAGUGUUUAAUUAUAAUUCGAUGUCAGUACCAACGAUGUAUUAUAGAAUGAGGAAAAAACUUUGUUAAUGCCAUAAAAAUAAACUAAAUUGUUUUUAUUUUAAAA